AUGAACGGCCCUCUCAAGCAACUGAUCAGCGGCGAGACCAAGCAGGCCGAACCCCGCAAGCCAAAGUACCAGCAGGCGGAGAUCGAGUUCGAGAAAUCGAGGAAGCACUCGGAUGUCAAGGAAGAGAACCGUGACCUCAUCAGCUCUCAGCAUCUUCAGGUCAAGAAGAGCUGGGAGAAGCCUGGCGUCUACGCUUGGGGAUCGAACGUGGGAAAGGUCAUUGACCCCCAGUCCAAGGAGACAGUCAUUAAGCUCCCGAGGAGGAUUCCUUACUUUGAUGGUCAGCUCUUGAGGGAUAUCAAACUCACACAGGAUUUUGGCGCCGCCGUCACCGAGAAGGGUGACAUCGUUCAAUGGGGAUUGGGCUUCUCAAAGACAGACCCCUCGCCAGUCCCGACGCUCAAGGGCAAGGACAUCUCAAAGAUUGCCAUCUCCAACGACCGCAUCAUCGCUCUUUCGUCGAACGGAUCAGUCUACUCUCUCCCCGCGGCCCGCAACGACCAAGAGUCCGGCGCAAAGCUGGAGCCCCAGUCAAAGUCAUCCUCCUGGAUCCCCUUCUGGAGCUCAAGCGGCCCGGAAGCCGUCAACUUCAGAAUCCUCACCCCCAAGUCGCUGGGCCGCGGCGAGAAGGUGGUCGACGUCAAGAGCGGCCUGCAGCACUGCCUCCUCCUGACGUCCAAGGGCCGCGUCUUCUCCGCCGCCGCUAGCACCUCGGAGUACCCCUCCAAGGGCCAGAUGGGCAUCCCCGGCCUGAGCUGGACGUCGCGUCCCGCGGGGCCGUACGACCAGCCUCACGAGAUCACGGGUCUGUCGGGCUUCAAGAUCGCCAAGAUCGCCGCCGGCGACUUCCACUCCGCCGCCCUGGACAAGGACGGAAAGCUCUUCACCUUCGGCGACAACACCUUCGGCCAGCUCGGCGUCCCCGCCGAGGCGGCCACCGCAAAGCUGGACGUCCCCUCUCUCCUGCCCACGGCCAAGCUCUACGCCAACAGCGGCCUCUUCCCCAAGAUCACCUCCGUCGCCGCCGGCGGCCAGAACACCUUCUUCACCGUCGACGCGACCGAGGCCGGCUCCCAGACCGCCACUGACGACCUCGCCCCGGCCCGCCGCAUGCCCCGCGUCUCCGCCGACCUGUGGGCCUGCGGGCAGGGCGUCCUGGGCGCCCUCGGCACCGGCAAGUGGACGCACGCGACGCCCGGCCCGGCCAAGGUCAAGGCCCUUUCGUCGCUCUUCGAGUUCGACGAGAAGGCCAACACGAUGGCGCCGAUCCGUCUGGCCGACAUCUCGGUCGGCAGCACGCACGUGUCGGCGACGAUGGACAACGUCACCCGCGUGGGCGCCGGGUCCCGCGGCGCCUCCGAGAACGACACCAACUGGGGCGCCGACGUGCUCUUCUGGGGCGGCAACGAGCACUACCAGCUCGGGACGGGCAAGCGCAGCAACCUGAACGCGCCGAGCUACAUCGGGGCGCUGGACGGCGGGGCCGGGGACGCGCUGAUGGGCCGCGGGGGCGAGGUGCACCGGUUCCAGCUGACGCCGCGGCAGACGGUGCGGCUGGGCGAGGACGGCAAGGGGAGGAAGGUGAGCCUGGAGCAGAGGGUGGAGUGCGGGCGGUUCGUGACGGCCGUGUACUCGGGCGUCUAG